AUGGCUGAACCGGAGGAACUGGAGGAUGAUCUCUUCGCGGAUCUCUACGAUGCUGACGAAUCGACGAAUCGCGCAACGUCCGCAGUGGAGGCCCCUCAGCCCACAAACCCCACCCCCUCCGCAGUCCCUGUGCAACCUGUUGAAGAAUCCGUCGUGCCGAGUUACAACCCUUCGGCCACCGACACAUAUCCUACACAUACUGCUCCCCAGCCAGAAUACGGUACAGGUUUCCAGAACGGUUCGGAAUAUACACCUGCUCACCAUGCGGUGACGACCCCCGCCGACAAUGAGCAGUCUGGAUCAGGUACAGGAAUCAAGGAAGACGGGUAA